UGCCAUCUGAGAUACCUCGUGUUGGUCUCCGUCAUCGGUGAAGACCACGUGGUUGCUCUCAUGGUCAAUCUGGGCACACAACUGGCCCUGUGUGUGUGGCCACACACACACCCGCAUUCAGACAGACAAACAUUGACGUCAAUGUGAAUGAGUGCGUCCCGUACUCACUCACUCACCCGAGUGAUCAUGUCGAAUAGGAGGCUCUCGGUCUCGGCGAUCGACCCGAUGUAUGCCUUUGUCCGGAGGUCCUCGAGCGACAGCGUCAGGUAGGUCGACGUCAGCUGCAGCACUAGCCGACGCUGCAAUGCCUGCACACCUCCACACACAACAGAUGAGAUGCGUCCAUCUCUGUACCUUUCCAUAUGUGUGUCUGUGUGUGUGUGUGUGUGUGUGUAUGUACCGGCAGGCAUUGCUUGGCGAGUCCCAGGUUUUGGUCUCUGUUGAACGCGUCGGCGGCCUCGGGGGCGGACAGCAGUGUGCGCAGCUUGGACAUAUCUCGCCGCCGGAAGCACUCCGUCAGCUCGUGGUAGGCCGUGCCGAUGGAAGCAGCCAUGCUCCGGUGCUGCAGCACACGAGAGAGAGCCUGACAGACAGACAGACAGACAACAAGAAGGACGCUAUUCUUCACAUGUGUUGUGUGAGGACAGAAUGUGUGUGAGUGCGUUGUACCUACCUGCGAUAUGUUUUUCGGCGGCGCAGGCACCUCGCCCGUCUCAAUCAUCGUCACCAGGACAAACUUCUUCCACGCAUCCAUCUGAUUAAUGGACACACACACACACACACACACACGAAUGCACUCUGUCCAUCCAUCCAUCCAUCCACACACACAUCCCUCACUCUCUGUGUGUGCAUGUGUACCUGGAUCGCGGAGACGGCCUGUCCAGGGCAGCCGAGGCAGAUGUGGAAGCACUGCAGCGCACUGUGGAAGCGCUUGACGCCGAUGUAGAUCAGACCGCCAUAAUAGAAGUAGAGCAGAAAGCCAAAGACGCUCGUCAAGGUGUACUGCACACGCACACACACAUCAGGGCGUCCAAUCCAUCCAUGUGUGUGUCUGCUGCGCAUGAGCCGACCUUGGGCAUGACGUCCAGGAUUGGCUUGUCGAGGACCGGCAGGGCAUAGGUGUAGUGCUUCGCCUUCAGACACACCUGAAGGCAACAGCAGCGACAACACACACUCAUACCACAGCGGACACGUGUGUGUGUGCCACGUACCUUGAGGAAUUCGCUGUGGAGUGGGGUGAGGACCCACUCGUACGGGCGGAAGCGCUCGACGGCGGCUCGGAGGGCUGGGAGGGCCGUCAUGGCCUGGUUGUUCUCCAAAGCCACCUUCGAAUACUGCAGCACCAGAUCCACAAACUCGCGGUUGACACGCCUGAUCUGCACACACACACACACACAGAGAGAGAGAGAGAGAGAGAGAGAGAGAGGGGCUGCUAGCCAUUCUCUCUGUGUGUGUUUGGGCGUCCUGUCGCACCUGCGUCGGGUCACAUGUUUUGCAGAAGUUGCCGAUGUAGGCGAAGGUGUACUGAGGGUCCCUGAAGGUCAUCCUACUCAUUUGUAUGUUGAGCAGGAUGCACAGCGCCGCCGCAUUGCUCGCCGGCGACAGCUUGUCGAUGACCACGUCCAGGCUGUCGGCAUGCUGGGCGAUCUGCGAGUCGUUGGCGCGCAGCCACGUGAUGAGGUUCUUGGUGUUCUCUGACCCGCCCUCCAUGUCGAGGAUGUUCUGCAGGACGACCUCGAGCGUGUGGUUGAGGUGCCCACUCAUGGCUGCCGGCCGGUGCAGACACGUCACUCAACAAAACGAACCUGCAACAGCAGCCAGUGAAAGGAAACAUGGCCGAUCUGUGAACGCCGCCUGUGUGUGAUCGGCGAGAUGGCAAUGUGUGCUUUGUGCGGCAUCGCUUACGUGGCUCAGCUCGGCGGCGAGAGCUGUCGAAUCGGCAUCUUCUGCUCAAACAACAAGACGGGCGAAAGAUGCGUCACACGACCAGUCGAUGAGGCGAUGGAAGGCUCCGUGACCUGACAGCUUCUCAAACCCAAGAUUGGCUUCAAGCUCGCAUUCUGAU